AUGGCUUCAAAGUUUCUUCGAGAAUACAAGCUGGUCGUUGUCGGUGGAGGAGGUGUUGGGAAGUCAUGUUUGACCAUCCAAUUGAUCCAGAGCCAUUUCGUCGAUGAGUACGAUCCAACAAUCGAAGACUCGUAUCGGAAACAAUGCGUUAUCGACGAUGAGGUUGCCCUGCUGGACGUUCUCGACACAGCUGGACAGGAAGAAUACUCAGCCAUGCGAGAACAAUAUAUGCGGACAGGCGAGGGUUUCCUUUUGGUGUACUCCAUCACUUCUAGGCAGUCAUUCCAAGAAAUCAUGACCUAUCAGCAACAAAUAUUGCGCGUGAAGGACAAGGACUAUUUUCCCAUCAUCGUCGUUGGCAAUAAGUGCGACUUGGAGAGAGAACGGGUGGUAUCUGAACAAGGCUAUACGAUGGAUCCAAUAUUCGUCGUAUUAUAUUUCUUCUACUGA